AUGGCUGGAGACUUCGCGUUCGACUCAUUAAUUUCUGCGAUUUCCUUGCCCGUAUCGGAUGCGGGCUUAGACCUGGCAGUCGAGACUAUCCAAUUACUCCUGCGAAAGAAAUACGAUGAAACGGAGAAUCACUUUGGGCACGCCCAAAUCCUCCAGCUCCUAAAGUCCUGUCUCAAGACGUACUUUACCUUCAACGGAACUAUACACGAGCAGGUGGAGGGCACGCCCAUGGUUUCGCCCAUUUCCGGACUCAUAGCAGAGGCGGUCCUGCAACGGUUUGAGUCGCCGGUUUAUUCGACACCACAGAGCUAA